AUGGCUUUGAAGGUUAAGAAUGAUGAUAACGAUGAGUCGUCUGAAGAUGAGGAUACUAAGUUCAAUUCAUAUAUCACCAGACAAUUCAAGAAGUUCAUCAAGGAUGCGAACGUCAAAGCAAGUGACAAGGAUCGCAAACAGUCUAGAUUCUUUCAAUUCAAGUCCCAAGACAAAGGCAAGAGAGAAUUCAAGGAUGUUGAUCAAAGGAACAAUGUUCCUACUGCGCCAAACAAAGCCCUAGCUGCCACAUUGAGUGAUACAAAACUAGAAGUAGAUUCUGAUGAUAGUGAUCAAGAUGGGAUAGUGACUACUUUCAUUGCUACUAUUGAGUCCCCUGAGGAAGCAGUAGAACUGAUUGAUGAGGAAGAAGAGCUGAUGGAAUCAAAGUUUGAGAAGAUGGAUGAACAAGAUGACAUCCACACUACCUACUCUAAAUUGUACAAGGUCUUCGAGAAGCAUGAGAAGUUUUACAGAGCACUGAGGUUUGAAAACAACUUUCUUGCUAAAAAUACCAAGAAACUGGAUGCUGAACUGUUUCAGGCUCGCCUUGGUGGCUUUGUGGAGUCUCCCUCCCCUCCUCCCGAGGCAUCCGAGGAUGAUGAUGAAUCCGACGACGAUGAUGAUGAUGAGGUUGGAGAUGUUAGCUCUUUCAACGAUGACGAGAUGUUUACUUGA